AUUGGCAAAGAUGAAACAAUCUCCGGAGAGAAAAGGAUGAAGCUUCUUCAUUUAAAGAUCAGAUUCAGAAUGUCAAAGGAUAGCGCACCGUCAUUUCCUCAACCAAAGGCAAGGAAAUUAAGUCUCGAGUUUAAGAUCGGAAACACGUCGAUCAGCCGAGGCGCGGUUCCGUCGGGAAAUCGAAGGGAAGAACCGCACGCUAGGCUGACUGGGAGGAUCGUUUCGGGGGACAUGGCUUAACUCACGACAAGUGGGAGACAGGUGGAGGAGCUACCAUCCUCGGGUCUCAGGAUUCCGAGAACGGCGGAUGGUCGCCGAGAUUUCCUACGACGUUGGAAGUAAUCACGAGUGGUGUCGGGUGGUGUGUUCGUGAUCUAAGGGGGGGGCUCAGUGGCUGUGAUCGUGGUGUUGUGUCGGGGAUCAGUGUGUCGUCGGUGAAGAGUGGUGAGAGAUAUAUCGGGUUACGCGUCUCAGCUACGCGAGUAAGAAUUAACGACAGGGGCAAGUGUGGUGAAGAGAGAAAUCAAGGUGGAUAAGGUGUACACACGAUAACCAAGAAGUGGAAGACGCGAGGAGGAGAGAGAAGAGAGAUACGGCUGGGAUAUAUCGCGAAUUACGUCGAGCGAGAGUAGAAGCGAGAGAGUAAGUGAUGUGUUCGAUGGACGAGGCGCGUCUCGCGGGCGGUGGUCGGGGUAAUGAUAACGCGUGUAGUCACGCGCGCUACCACUACUAUUACUCGGUAUCCAAAGUGAGAAACGGCAGGCAGUCGGUGACCAGGCUGGCGGGCGCCGGGGAAACGUUUCCAAGGGCAUGGCGACCACGCCACUAGGCGGUCGCCUCCCUAACGUAAAUCGUAAAGGACCAUCUCCGUGCAUCGGUGGUGGUGGUAUUAGUAGUAAUAAUAGUAAUAGUAACAGUGGUGGUAACAACGGCAGCAACGGCAACACCAGCAACGGUAACAGCGGCAACAACAACAACAACAACAACAACAACGGCUUAAGUAAUAACAACGCCAACGGCGGUCAGUCAAGGAGGCAAGAGAGAACACUGAUCGGCAGGGAACACCGCGAUCAUCGUCACCAUCACCAUCACCAUCAUCACCACCAUCAUCACCAUCAUCAUCACCAUCAGGGUCGUGACAAGUCAUCAUUGUCAUCGUCGUCGUCGUCGUCGUCGUCGUCGUCGGGCCAGCAGCGUGAGUCUAAUAAAGCAAGCACAGUGGCUGCUAACGCCGGUGAACUGGAUUCGGUCGCGACGAAUGCGACCAAUAACUUUGAGUACGACGACAACGAAUGGGACAUUGGCAUAGGUGACCUGAUAAUCGAUCUUGAUGCGGACAUUGAGAAGACGAGGGACGAGAAAUUGAGCUCGGGGACAGGCAUGGCUUCUACGCCUGCCUCGGCAGCAUCGGCACCGAAUAACGCGAAUCAUCAUCAGUUACAAAACUCAGCAAGUGGUCUCAACUCAAACUCCUCGUCCUCGUCCGUCCCGUCGACUGGCACGAACGCCGGAAGUCAAUCGUCGUCGUCGUCCUCGUCAUCGUCGUUGUCGUCGUCCUCCUCAUCAUCCUCAUCCUCAUCGUCUUCUUCUUGUGGGGUGAAUUCAACGCGUUCCAACAGUCCCCCCGGGAGCGGCAGUGGCAGCGCGAACGGCACCGGUAGCACGAACGGCGCCGGUAACGCAAACGGUACCGCAUCUGUAGUCACCGGUAAUAAGCAAGCGUCGGGUGUGAACGUGAGCGGCGUAAACGCCGUCCACGCUAACGCCGGUAAUCCCGGCAAGAUGGCCGUUGAACAUUCGGCCACCGUCGACAAGGGCCUCAAGAUGAAGAUCAAGCGAACGAAGCCCGGUACGAAGACCAGCGAAGCCAAACACGAGAUUGUCAAGUCGAACGAGAUCAACGGUACCGUCUCGUCGCAAGACUCGAACAACGGCACCGCUGCCUCCUCGACGUCCUCGUCCUCGGCCGUCGGCUCGACGUCCGCGUCGGCCGCGGUUACACAGAACUCACAAAAUUCGGAAUGCGGCGCGGUCGGCGGCGGACAGUCGUCUUCGUCGAACAAGUCCAAGCCGAGCCACUCGCCGGCAUCCGCUGGCGGCACUGGUGCCGCGCCCUCCUCCACCGCUGGCUCGAAACGCGGCUCGAGCGGUCAUCGGCGUGACAAAGCGCGGGACAAGCACGAAAAACCGCAGAGCAAUCACACACCCCAGCAAACGAAACCGGAGAUGAACGGUACCGCGCGACCGACACCGCAGGGUCAAAAUUCGGCCGGUGGUGCGACGCAGUCUCAGGGCCCAACGCCGGCCGCCACGGCGCCACAACAGACCCAGGGACCACCGCCCAGUUCGAGGACAGGUUUCUCCGUGUCGCAAGGCCCCGGGCCACCCGCGACCAGCGCGGCGGCACCCUGUCCGCCGCCGAGUCCGGCGAGCGCCACGGCGGCCGGCGCGGCGGCCAAACCGGAACAGACCAAGGUCGCCGCGGUGCCGGGUCCACCGCUCACGACCCCCGCCGAGGAAGCGAUGGACACUGCCGCUAGUCCUCCGCCUGCGAAAAAAAUGAAGACGGAGCCAAAGGACAUGUCCGACGUAUGCGUUGGGACCAGCGUGGGGACCAUCACGGAACCAGAGUGUUUGGGGCCCUGUGAGCCCGGUACCUCCGUCACCCUCGAGGGCAUCGUUUGGCACGAGACCGAAGGAGGUGUACUAGUGGUAAAUGUUACGUGGAGGGGUAAGACGUACGUCGGGACGUUGCUGGACUGCACGCGUCAUGACUGGGCGCCACCACGUUUCUGUGACUCGCCAACUAGCGACCUGGAUGCCCGCACGCCUAAGGGCCGCGGUAAGCGCGGCCGCGCCGCGGCCAACUCCACGCCUGGCAACGACCUGAGCAACUUCACGGAGACGAGGAGUUCCGUGCACAGUAAACUGCGCAACGGCGGCAAGGGUCGCCGGGGUGCACAGGGUUCACCUGCGGCUAGUCCAAGCCCAGCGGCAUUUGUGCCGCCACGACCGGAUCCGGCGGCGAAGCGGAAGUCGCGCGGACCCGAGGAGGAGCAGGACAAGAACAAGCGACGGGCGCCGCCACCGACGCCACCCAGCGGUUCACCACCUGCUAGUCCAGUAUUGCUCGAAUGUCCCGAGCCGAACUGCAGUAAAAAGUACAAACACAUUAACGGACUCAAGUACCACCAGAGCCACGCGCAUGGCUCCGCUGACGACGAUGACACCAAGGAAGGUAUCACCAGUAUGUCGGAAAAUGAUGAGAGUAAUAUCGAAGCACCAAGCCCUGCCACGCCAGUGAAGUCGCCGGCGGACAAGCCUCAGCAACAGCAGCAGCAGCAGCAGCAGCAGCAGCAGCAGCAACAACAACUGCAGUCAUCGGUUCAACAACAGUUGCCGCCGGCGCAUCAAUUGCAAUCGGUGCAGCAUCCCUUGUCAGCUCAGUUGGGUCAGCCGGCACAGGCCCAUGUGGUGCAGCCGUCUGGAUUACAGCAACAGGCCAGUCUACAAAGUAUAGCCAGUCAACACGCGGGUUUGCAGAAUCUUGCAAGCCAAGUGUCGCAACAGGCAGCGGGUUUACAGACGGCACCGCCACCGCCAGGUCAUCCAGGUCAGGGCGUGCAAUCGCACUUGCAACAGUACCCAACUGCGGUGUCGCUGCACGCUGCUGCAGCGAAGAUACCACAGUUCAAGGUGAAACCUACGGCUGCGCUGAUGCCGGAGCAGGACAAGAGCAAAACGAGCGCGGAUGCACGCGCUCCCAAACCGCAGGGCUACAAGAAAAAAUCACGAAAAUCACCCGGUGGCAGUCCGCACCCAUCGCCUCUCGAGGCGCCGAUCGUCGAUUCGGCGCGUGAUGAUGUACAAAGCCCGGCCUACUCGGACAUAUCGGAUGACGCAGCGCCAGUGCUCGAGGCCGAACCGGUGGACAAAUCCAAACAGAGUCAAGAAAAAGACAACAAGGCCACGGUGCCAGCGCAUCUGCCUGCGCAUUUCAGUAUGUAUCAGUACUAUGGUCAGCCGCCUUACCUGGUGUCCAACGUUCCGGACAGCAAACCGGUGGUAGAUCAGAAGCCGAGCGAUCUUACGCCCAAGCAGGAGAUAAAACCGCUCAACAUACCGCAGAUGCCUUCGAUGGCGAGCUUGCAGAGUGUCGUGUCGGAAAAGGAGAAAAAAGAACUGAGCCAACCUGUACCGCAGCCGCAACAGCAGCCGCACUAUUAUGGCGGUUACGGUGGUUAUAUGCCGCCAGGCUACGCCUACCAGCCACCACAGCCGGUUUCGCAACAGCAGCAACAGAGUCAGCAGUCGCAGGAUCAGGAGUCGCAUGAACAGAAGGUUAAGAUUAAGCAGGAGCCACAGCCACAGCCGAGUCUGAAAGACAAACAACACGAAAAUCAUCAGAUACUCAAGGAGAGUAUCGAGAUGAAGAGUCAGAUGAGUCCGUACCACGUUUAUCACAGUUCGCAGAGUCAACGAGCGGCACCGCCGCCGCCUCCUCCGGGACCUGUUCAAGAUGACAGGAGGUAUUAUCUGUAUCCGAGUGAACAAAGGAGAAAAGAGGAAUCAAACAAACAGAAUCAACAAGCAAAGGUGCCACCGCCCAGUCCAAAGCAUCAGCCGAAACAGGAAAAACCACAGGAUCUCGGAAAGAGUGAAGACUCAAAGAGCAAGCAGGAGGGCGUAAAGCCGACGAUGGAGACUCAGGGACCGCCGCCGCCGCCUACCUCGCAGUACGCUUAUAUUCAUCCCAGUUAUAUGCAGCCACAGCAUUAUGGUGCGCUGCCAUUCGAUCCAGGUCACCCAGUCUACCGUGGCCUCAGCCCCAUGCUGGUGCCCGGUCCAUAUUCGAGUAACCCCUAUCUUCACCAGCUGCCUAGGUAUCACGCGCCGGAGGACCUUAGUCGGCCACCCGGCGGCAAAGCGCUGGACUUGCUCCAACACCACGCUAAUCAGUAUUACUCGGCGCACAAGAUACAUGAGCUUCAGGAGCGCGCGCUCAAAUCACCGACGCCCAAGACUUCUGCAGCGUCCGCCAGCCCAUCUUCGGCGGGUCCGACCCCCGCCCGGCCCCCCAGCGGUCCGCCUACGUCAGUUGCAGGCCCGGGCCCACCGCCGGGCCAAGGUCAACAGCCGUCCGGCAAGCAGCAGGGUCAACCGGGCAGUCAACAGCAGCAACAAGGUGCGGUGGAUGCCAGUGGUGGAAGCCUCGGCAAGGAUAACAGAUCGCCGCCUCCACAGAGACACGUGCACACGCAUCAUCACACUCACGUGGGCCUCGGGUAUCCCUUGUUGACGGGACAGUACCCCGCCCCCUACGGAGCGGCAGUGCUGGCGAGUCAGCAGGCCGCCGCGGUAGCCGCCUCGGUGAUCUCGCCAUUCCCGCCCAAGUGACCCGCGGCCCCCGCCCCCGUCCUGCCCGGCGGAACCGCCGGGGGCAACUCCGUCGCACAGGCCCACCACACGCAUCCGGCGGCGGCGAGCGGCGCGCCCGGUGCGGGACACCCGCACGGCACCGCCGCCGGGGGCGGCAGGCAACCGUAGGAGACAUGGACACGAGCGAGCGAGCGGUGUAGCCGAUACUGAGCAGGAUGCCGCGCGUAUUUUCCAUACUGCAUUGUACGGCUGGAUUAGAACCAAGGAGAAACCAUUAGGACCAAAGUGUAGCCGGUAAAGAGGCCGGGAUGUUCUUUACCUACUCUGUACCGCCCGUUCUCUCGAUGUCGUUUGAAAUUGGGAUCCCAGAAAAACUAGUUGAGAUGUUAGGACCACGAAGCGAUGACCAAGAUGACGGGUGCUAUCGUUCCUCUUCCCAACAACGGUUCAAGUAUUAGGGACUGAAGACUAGAUGAAAUAUUAAAACUCCUAUGUGAUAGCCAGGAAAAGAGGAAUAAGAAUAGUGUGCUGUUCACUUACUUGAUAACGCUAACUGGAACUUUAGGGCAAUGUGAUACACGGUGCUCUAUGUAGUAUUAUUCAUGUCCCUGCGAGCUAGGCUGAAUUAGGAAUUCUGUAUAUGCAAGCAAACUGUAAAUCAUGAUUAGUGAUGAUAUUAGAAGGUUGAAACGAAUCAGGAAGAUUGAUGGAUCGCGAAGAUUCACGACUUUCCAAAUCAGGCGCAAACGCGGAAAGUACUAUAUGUAUAUCGAAUUUAGAAGACGUGAGAAAGAUAAGAGACUGAACUCGAUUCGACGCACAAAUACGUUGUCCAUAUUCCCGGACAGAGUUGUUUCUGAUCAAUCUGGACAGAUAGUAGUAGGCUCGACGAGACGAUCGUGAGUAAGCAAUCCUUCGGGUGUAUCGAACUAUCGGACCGAUGCUCACGCGACGAGAGGACGAAUUUCCUCCUAUCACACUCCCCGAGUAUCGUGAUGCCACAUAUGUCCAUUGCGGAUUCACGAUUCUCGCGCAGACAAAACCAGUUUGCUGGAUAUCCUUCUUCAUGUACAUAGUGUAUAUCUAAGGAACACGCGCCGCAUAAUGUACAGACGCCUUCAGUUAGUGUAAGAAUAAGUGAUUAGUAGCUCGAUCUUAGCCCGUAAAUUGAGACCUGUAAAGUUUCGAGGGGUACGAUUUAUCUCAUGAAAUGAGGGUCCUCGAGCGGGAUCGAGCGAAAGGUUGCCUCGUUUCGGUGGACUGGAUUCGCUCAGUGCCAUCUAAAAAAAAUCAUUGAUUCCUCGUUUGACAUGUGCUGAUUCUGGGUAACGCUCGGUUUCUCUUUUCUUUCUAGUGUCUAGAUCUAAACAGACCUUGUGGGACCGGUAGCUCGGAAUGGAACGGAGAAUUGCAGAUCCGAGAAGUAUUAACUAAACGACAUUCGGGACCCGAAGUUAGGAUAGGCUGAGGGAGGUCCGCGCGGUCCAUCCAUCGGAACGAGGUGUGGAAGAUGCGCGACGACGGUUCGCGAGGAAGCAGGCGUCUCGUUAGACUGAAGCACGCGAGGACGAACGGCACUGUCGGCGUUCUUGCGUCCACGGGGCCGCGCUGGCAAAAAUUGCGGCGAGCGUGGAUUAACGCGUGCCGGGUGCGAGCGCGGCUCCGCCCCCGACUCUCAGACUCGAGCGUGUGUGUCGAGGCGAGGUGGAAUUUUUAUCGAGCGUAGAGAAGCUUAAGAGCGUGCGAGCGAGCGCGUGUAGACGUGUGCGUGUGCAUAUAUGUAAGAGAGAGAGACAAAAAAUAUAUCUAUAACGAUUAUAUAUAGGGUAUACGAGAGAUGUAAGAGAGUAGUGAAUCACGUGCGUCGACUGCCUUGUACAAGCAUAAUGCAUGCGUGUGGAUGUGCGUGCGUAUAGAUUCCGUAUCGAUGUAUUUUAUUGUAAAGAAAUAAGACAAAGAAUUUAGGCGUGCGCAAACUUCGAUUUUUGUAGAGAAAUUGUAUAACUUUGCUGAUAAUUUAUCUCUUAGGGAAAUGAAGAAUUCAUAAUUGUGUGUUGACCGAUCGCUAAAUGCCGAUAAACGCGACCAGAGGGAACUCGUCCUUAGGCAUGAACGAUUUAUAAAGUCACGAGGACGACAAAAGAAGAAAAAUGAAAAAAUGAGGCGACACGUAAUGCGUUGAUUCUAAAUAAUUAAGUGGCGUUAAGUGACUGUAAAUUCGAUGCUAGAACGCUAUUUGUUUACUAAGGUAAUGGUAGCCAGUGAUGCGCGAGAGCUAGGGGAAGAAAAAAAAGGGGACAAGGGGUUGAGGAGAAGUGCAGGGGCGAGGUCUGGAGAGUGAGGUAAAUAGGAGGAGCGAAACGUAUAAUUACGUAUGCAUACGCAACUAUAUAUAUAUGUAUCUAUAAACUACAUAAUGUUUGUUCAGUAACUACUAUCGUCAUCCAUUUUAUAUAUAUUAUAUGCGAUUAUUGAUUAUUAAUUAUAUUAUUUUAUUACUAUCGUCAGUGUGACGUAAGGUACGGAGAGAUAAGAGGGAAAAAAAGAGAAGAGAAAGAUAACGGCGGUACAAGAAAUUUUAUUGGGCAGCGUUUCGCAAAUGCCAAAUCAAAAGAUACGACUGAUGAUGCGUUUCACAUUGCAGGGGAGAAAAAAAAAGAUAUUUAAUAAAAUGAAGGAAUGGAGGAGCAGGGCAAAACAUAAUGCAUCCAUUUUGCCGAAUGUAAGCGAAACCGCGAUAGAGAAGCGCGCGCGCACGCACUUAUGUGAGCGAGAGGAUGUACGUGUAAAUGCUUUGUUUGUUGUAUGCAUUUUGUGUAUAUAUGUGCGCGUGUAUUGUGUGCGUAUAUGCGAAUGAAUGAGAGAAAUAAAAAAUGAUUCGCCUCAGUUUUAGUGGGGCGCCCAGCGGACGAAGGGGUGGGCUUUAAAAAAAAUAAAUGCUGGUGCUGCUCUGUGAUUUUUGUAAAAAAAA